CUCUCUGGAGAGUGGAGAGGAGGUGGAUUGGGAGGGGGGGUUAAAAUAACGCGAGAGAAAGAAGACCGAAUAACGGUUUACUCCAACAUACAUGGAAACCUCGAACCCACCAAUUUAAAUCACAUCCACACCGCGUCCUGUUAUGUUUACAUGUGGCCAGACGGACUUGGUGAGCGCGUUUUACAGGCUGCAGAAAACCAGCGAACCCCCAUUGUGUGCUUAGAAAGAAGAAGAAUGGCCUGGAUGUGGAAGAGGAAGUCGCUGAUUGCCACCAGUCUGAUUGUAGCUGUGUCGCUCUUCGUGGUUGUGGUGAACUUCACGGAGAAGCCGUACUUCCUCUUGCAGCCUGUGUUUGGUCAGACGUUCAGCAGCCGCUGGAUGUUCUCCAAGCAGUCCUACAAGGCUUUAAAGCCUCACCUGGGCUAUGUCAGAAUCCCGAAACAAGAGCCCCUGAAGCUGAACUGUGAACUGUGCAGCAUUGUGUCCAGCUCCGGCCAGAUGUUGGGCCAGGCUGCAGGCGCACAGAUCGACCGCUCUCCUUGCAUCUGGCGCAUGAACAAUGCUCCCACGCAGGGAUUUGAAAAUGACGUCGGAAGACGAACCACCCUGAGAGUCGUCUCUCACACCAGCGUGCCCCUCCUGCUGCAGAAGCCACAGCACUUCUUUGGCCAGGGCAAUGACACCGUCUACGUCGUGUGGGGGCCGCUGCGGAACAUGAGGAAGGACGGAAAGGGCAUUGUUUACAACAUGUUGCGACAGGCAUCUGAGAACUAUCCCCAUGCUCGUAUCUACGUCACCACAGAGGACAGGAUGAACUACUGUGACAUGGUGUUCAAGAAGGAGACAGGCAAAGACAGGAUUCAGUCGGGCUCCUACCUGAGCACAGGCUGGUUUACACUUAUCCUCGCCAUGGACAUGUGCAAAGAGAUCCAUAUCUACGGCAUGAUAAAUGACACCUACUGCAAGACUGAAGGCUACAGGAAGGUUCCCUACCACUACUACGAGGCGGGCAGUCGGGACGAGUGUGCAGAGUACCAUCUCCAUGAGAGCGCCCCCUACGGCGGACACCGCUUUAUCACUGAGAAGUCUGUUUUUGCAAAGUGGGCCAAGACUCACUCCAUCAAGUUCUUCAACCCCCCAUGGCAGCUGUCGUGACCCCGGCUGAGCUUAUGCAGGAGAGAAAAUCCACAUCAGAGUGGCUUUCAUUAGCUCUGCAGUGACUCGAACAAACACACAUCAGUUAAAAGCUCGGACUUCACUCCAUGUCGUUUAUUUUGUUCCAGUUUGGUCUCCAGAAUUAAGGAAGUCUGAGGACUAAACAUGGACAGCGGUUUUCAUUCCUUUGGCUUCUUGAAUUGUAUGUUUUCAGCAGACGAAUGUGGAAUGCUUCUGCACUGACAGAUCAAUCUGUUUGCAGCUCUGUGAGUCCAGCAAAGAUCGCCUUGAGCUUCAACAAAAGAGAAGAAAAGACCUUAUCUCAUGUUAACUCAUGCUGAACUUGGAGAGGAACUCAAACCAGACAAGUGUCAGUUUGAACAUCUCAUCAGCACUUCUGCUGUUUCCUCUAACAGUUAAUCUCCUGUCAGGUUGUAAUUAAUGUGUGAAAAGCUUCAUUCAAGCCUUCAUCUCUGGCAGAGGGAGUAUGAAACGCUGAUGAUUUGUCAGUUUUAAUUUACAGUGAUCCGAUGUUACAAGGGGGCAAAAAAAAAAACGCCUCAGCAAACAAGGGUGUUUGACAAAGAUCUGAAGCGAUCGAAAAUCAGGUUUUAGGUAAAUCCAGAGAUGUAAACCAGCUCCAUUGUGUUUCAACUUAAGGAUGUCAGCUCCUUUUCCUUUUUAUAAUCCAGUGAAAGUGAAUUUCAGCAACUCAUCAUGCUUUUGGUUUAGUCUCUUGAGGGCUUGCUGAUUUACUGUGCCAAUGACAGUGUGAGCAGCACAGCAACACAGAGCGAUGUGCAAUUAGAAAAUCUAUCUCUCUGGAAGGAGUUUGUGGCCCUACAGAGGAGAAGAUUUAUGUGUGCAGUGAAACCAUUUGAAGUUAAUUGUAUCCCAUUAUCAUUUUGUGCCUGCAAUAUACUUUGCAGUUCAUUGUAUAGACAAAGAAGAAGAUGCAUUCACUCUCUUUCUCUCUUCUUCUCAUCAAGCUUUGUGCCUCUUUGUGUAACGCAUCGCCCUGCAGACUUCGUCCCAUUUGUCUCUGGGUGCAGCAUGCACGUCUUCUGCUCAGUGACUUCUCAUUCGAAUGCAUCUUUUACAGGACAGUAAAGAAUAACCUGUGUGCUUCUGUUGGGACCUAUGGGGCCGCUGUUGUCAACUGAAAGGAGUCAAAGAUUUCUAAUUUAGAAAGCUCAAUGCACAAAGGCCCCAAUGACAGUGAGAUAUAACUGAGGCUUCUCUUCAGCUUCUUCCAUAAUGCAAGCAGACUGAGGAUCGUUGCAGUAUGCAGGUCAGCUAUAGUCAUGUGUGAAAACUGGGCUAAAAAAACAUUAUGAUACAAAAUAUAUUCCUGUAGCUUAAAUUACGCAAUAAAUACUGGGCCUAGAGUGCCAAAAUACAAGCGCAAAAUACAAGUUUAUCUCCAAAAAUAUGAAGAUGUUAUGUGAAAAAAUAUUUAAUAUGUUUUGUUUUAUUUGAAACCAUAAUAAUUUUAUAUAUAUAUAAUUAUAUAAUAGUUAUUUGCAUGAAAAUCAUCCCUAAAUAUUUAAUGGUGAGUGGCCUGUACAUUUAUAGCCCCUUUCCAAGUCAGGGGACUCCAAAGCGCUUUACACUAAAUUCAGUCAUUUAUAUUUCAGUUUCAUUUUCUGAGUGACAAAAUAAUUUAACUUUUAUACUUUAUUCAAAGCUUUUUAAAUAUGGAUUUUUAAAUAAUAUGCCUACAUGUCUACAGCUAAUUGUUCUUGAAGGGUUGUUGGGGGGGCUAUCCCCAGCAUUCAUUGGCUGAGAGCCGGUCUCCCAGGACAGAUACACAUGACAACAAACUAUGAGUGUACAUUCAAAUAAAUAAACUUAAAAAAUAAAUUUAAAGAAAUAAAUACAUUUUACAACUCCUCUUUAAUAACUCCUUUUAAAAUGUGCAAUUAGGAAAUACUUUUUAAAUUGCUGAAAUGGAUAGUUUUCUUUUUCAGUGACUCUCUUGGUCCUCCAAAGUUUUAGCCAAAAAACAGUUCUUAUCGGCCAGCAAUUUAAAAUCUCUGAUAUUUUUGUGCUAGAAACACUCUGCUUCUGUUAAGAGAUUCGUGAUUAUUUUUCCCUGUUUUAAUAAUAUUACCUGAUCAAGCCUUUUUCUAUCAUUCUACUGUAUAAAAUAAGUAAGCUGGUAUGAUUCAUAUUAAUAUCGGUAUCAAAUCGGAAAUGUAAAAACUGUAUCAGGACAUCUUUCAUUUAACUUAUUUUUUAAUGGUGAUGUUCACAUUUAUUUUUAGUGAGAAGGAUUUUGUCAGGACAUGAAAUAUCUGCUUCUACAGAAAAAAAAAAAAAAAA